CCUGGACACGGCUUAGUGGGUCCUCUGCCCAGGGUCUCUUACAAGACUGUGGUCAUCUCAGGACUCAGCUGGGGGAGGCCCUGCCUCCAGGGUCACCAGUGGCUCAACAGGACUCCGCUCCUUGAGGGCCGUGGACCUGUCCACGGGGCAGCUCACAACGUGCUGCUGGCCUCCCUUGGAGUGAGCAAGACGGAAGUUCUUCUUCUGCAGUCUUAGAAGGGACAGUCCGCACUGUGGCUGUACUCUGCUCUCUAGAAGUGAGUGGCUGAGGAGGUGGGGUUUACGAGGGCGUAAAGCCUCUGGGAGGGAGGCCCCCACCGCCAGUGUGGAAGCAUGUAGGGUGGCAGUGGGGCUUCCUCUUGGCCCCCUGCCUGCUCCCUGCAGUGAUCACUGUUGAAGAAUUUGGGGUGUAUUUUUUCCGUGCAUGACAAAAGUAAACAGACACACUGCCCUCAGCAAUUUGAGAACAGUGGUGCCGACCUGUGUCUGAGCCUGUGCUGUGGCCUGGCCACACUGUUCUCUGUUCCUCUCCGCCCACGGGGCCGUCACACAGCCGGGUGAGGGUGCCUAUGCUCCAUACUGAGGAGGGCGGGUGCCCCUCCACCAGUGUGAGCACCACAGGCCGACUGGCCUGUUCCUGGCCCAGACGCAGGGGUGAGGCCACAGGGACCACCUGACUGCUUUCAUUUCUCCCUAAAGUAGUCAUGCAAACACUUUCUGUAGCCCAGAGUUCCCACAGUGUACAGGUCACGGCUGCAUGUUCUGAUGCUCCCGGCAUGGAGCCAGGGGGCUGAGUUUCUCUCUAGUUAGUUUAUCUGCACCACUAAACACCCCAUGUUGUUGCGAGUGCACUGAGUCCAGAUUUUCACUAGUUAAGGAUUAAUGGUUCCCUGGAAGAGUUGAGGCCUCUGUUUUCUGUAGCACCUUGUCUGUUUCCAUUAGCUCAUAGGACUCAUUCUGAGUGUUACCAGCUACAGUUUAAUACUUAAUAUUUUAAAUACUAAUUUAAAAUACAGUGGCAGUAACGUGGUCACAUAUGCAGCAUAUCUCAGAAUGGUUCCAGGGAUAGAGCAAUGUCUCUGUGGUGUAUCUGACCCUCGAGAGCCCUAUCUGGAGUCUGGGUUAGUUCAGUACAGCUGAAAGGUCUGACCGGAUUGCAUCCUGACAUUCAGAAAGGCCAACCAGGCUUCUCUGAAAUGGACUUGUUUAGAGAGUCCAGUGUGUUCUUCCGAGAACUGAGCAGUGGGACGGCUCUACUGGCCUCUCUCCCCAGCCCUGAGGGGAGUGCUGUGUCUCCUUUUCCUUCCAGAGACAGUCCAACGCCUCUCAGACUCUCUGUGACAUCAUCAGGCUGGGCAGAGAGCAGGCCAGUCAGCUGCAGGAGGCCCCGGAGCCAGACCCCCUCCUCACAGUGCUGGAGUCGUGAGUGCUGGCUGCAUUGCGGGCAGGACUGUGUGGAGCAGCUUCUGAAGAACAUGUUUGAUGGAGACCAGACUGAGAGCUGCCUCGUUAGUGGGACUCAGGUGUUACUUACCUUGCUGGAAACAAGGCGGGCUGGGACAGAGGGCUUGGUGGACUCCUUUUCUCAGGGACUGGAAGGGCUGUGUACCGUCAGCAGCAGCAUACUGCACGGCAUUGAGCCACGACUGAAGGACUUCCACCAGCUUCUACUCAGCCCGCCAAAGAAAAAAGCGAUCCUGACCACCAUUGGCGUGCUGGAGGAGCCUUUGGGGAAUGCCCGUCUGCACGGGGCCCGCCUCAUGGCUGCACUGCUGCACACGAACACGCCCAGCAUCAACCAGGAACUCUGCCGGCUCAACACCAUGGGCUUACUGCUGGACCUGUUUUUUAAGUACACCUGGAAUAACUUCCUGCACUUCCAAGUGGAACUAUGCAUAGCCGCUAUUCUCUCCCAUGCUGCCCGCGAGGACAGGGCAGAAGCCAGUGGACUGGAGGGCAGGGCGGAGCUUCUGCCCGGAAGCGGGGACCCAGAGGCCCCCCCGCCUGCUGCCAGCCGCCCUGAGAACACAAUGGUGACCCACCUGUUCCAGAAGUGCUGCCUGGUCCAGCGGAUCCUGGAGGCCUGGGAAGCCAAUGAUCACGCACAGGCAGCGGGUGGCAUGAGGAGAGGCAACAUGGGCCACCUUACCCGGAUUGCCAAUGCGGUGGUACAGAACCUGGAGAGGGGCCCCAUGCAGACCCACAUCAGCGAAGUCAUCCGAGGGCUCCCUGCGGACUGCCGUGGGCGCUGGGAGAACUUCGUGGAGGAGACACUGGCGGAGACCAACCGCAGGAACGCUGUGGACCUGGUAAGCACCCACCACCUUCACCCCUCGAGUGAGGAUGAGGACAUGGAGGGCGUUUUCCCUAAUGAGCUGUCCCUGCAGCAGGCUUUCUCCGAGUACCAGGUCCAGCAGAUGACAGCCACCUUUGUGGAUCAGUUUGGCUUCAAUGACGAGGAGUUUGCAGACCAGGAUGACAGUGUCAAUGCUCCCUUCGACAGGAUUGCUGAGAUAAACUUCAGCAUCGAUGCUGACGAGGACAGUCCCAGCGCAGCUCUGUUUGAGGCCUGCUGCAGUGACCACAUCCAGCCUUUUGACGAUGAUGAGGAGGAUGACAUCUGGGAGGACAAGGAGACACACUGCACUGCCCGAGUGACGGCUAGAGCCAGGUUUGGGGGCCCUCACACCUCAGAGAGCUGCUCAAAGAAUGGCCUGGAGCGUGGAGGCCAGGACAGGAAGGAGGGCUUGGAAGCAGACAAGGAUGUGGCUCUGGCAGAUGCCCCUCUGGCCUCAGCCCAGAAGGAAGGUCCUCGCUUGGAGGGUGGCUCAGAAGCAGGCGCCUCGUGGGCAGUAUUUGAGGAGACGGUGAACUCGCCAGUGCCGGUUCCAGGAGUGGCGGUGGAUGUGGGUUCCGGCGUGUGGGCAUCCAGCACCCCCAGCCCUUCGGCUUUGGAGGAAAAAGGCUGGGCCAAGUUCACCGACUUCCAGCCUUUCUGCUGCUCCGAGUCGGGGCCCAGGUGCAGCUCCCCGGUGGACACGGGCCACGGCGGUGCCCAGGAUAGCCUGACCCAGGGCCCAGAGAGGACCCCUCCCUAUCCUGUAGUAGGCCCAGCUUCCCCAUGUGCCUGGAACGCGUGUGUCACCAGGAAGGCCCCCCCAGUGGUUUCCGACAACACUGAGGACGAGCAGAAGAUGGCAGGUGCCUUGGAGACUGUCAGCAUGGGUCCCAGCCGGGAGACCCCCCUGCUGCCUGCGUCAGUCCCCAGGGCUGAGUGCACCGCCAGCACGCUGUCAGACCCCACCUCCCCUGCACCUGCAGAAGCAACCUUCCCUCCAGCUGUGGCUGUCCCCCCUGAGGCUGCUGUGGCGGCCACCACGGCGCCGGGCAAGGCCAGUCCCGCCCCAGCUGCCCUGCCAGUUGCUCCUGUGUUGAGCGGGGCGGUUCCAACAGGGCCCGUAGCGGCCAUCACCACUGCAGCCCCAUCCACAUGCACAGCAGCCAUCCUGGGGACAGCGACAAAAGACAGGAAGAUGGACGCACCACCACCUGCAGGAGCCACCUUGAACGGCCCCGUGUGAUGCUGCUGCUGCCCAGCCGUGGCGCGCCCUUAAUCGAGAAAACUACCUGGUGAUGCAAUUUGUCUUUUUUAAUUUAAUUUAAUUUUAUUUUAAAAUAAAUGCUGCAUUGGUAAAGCUGGCAGUUGGAACCAGUUGGACAGCCCAGCUUGCGUCUCUCCUGCCUGACCCCACGUGGGCCUCGAGUCCAGCGAGUCCAGCUCCGCGCACAGCAAUAAGGCCUCAGAUGUGCGCUCUGCCGGCGGGAGCCAGGGGCCAGAGCCCCAAGACACCGUGAGGACUGAGGGCCACGACGGGCAUGGACGUCACAGGCUCUAAGCCUCGGUUUUUACUGAUUAUUAUUUUUUUUAAACAAACGCAGGAAAGAGCCACGUGUUUGCACUUUUGUGUCCAGCCACAACGAAGGGUCUCCCUGGCUCUGGGGACAAAUGUGGGUCUGGAGCUGGACUGGCCAGACAGGGUCUUAGCUGCCCAGUGGCCCUGGGAGCCGGCCUUGAGCCAGGCUGCAAAAUUUGACUGCCUUAAAAUAAGACCCUCACGGCCUGGUGGGCAGUUGGGGCACCUGGCAGGGGCUGGCCAUGGGCGUGCAGGAUAGGGGCACGGGGGGUGCAGAGACUGGCUUCGGCGAUGCCAGGUGGGGUGGGGGGGGUGGGGUGUGCACCUGUCGGGGAGGGCAGGGCCAGGCCAUGCUGUCCUGGAGGGGUCUGCAGGAUUAUUUUAUGUUGAGUCCAUUUUUAAUGUUCUGAUAAUCUGACAGGGCACCCGAGACCCCCAACUCCCAAUAAAAGCUGUGUUAUUACUCUUACUGACAAA